AUGAGCCACGGUUUUUGUUUGUCUUUCUUUCUCAGUAAGCCCCCCUCCUCAAAUGUUGACUGUUACUCUUUCUUUAUCGUUUUUUCUCUUUUGUUAUCUUAUGCUGUCCAUGUUUUGUGUUCACUCAUGGCUAGGCUGAAACGACGGUGUCCAUUAUUCUUCUUCCUUCUUUAUUUCUUUCGUUUUUUGUUUUUUUUCCUGAGUCGUCUUUCCUUCCUCUCUUUAAGAAGAGUUCUACCAAACCAAACCAGACCCCAACCUGCUUGGCUGGCUGACUUGACUGGCUCUGUAGUUACGAUGAUGACGACGAUUCCAACCUUGGCUAUCUUCUUUAAUUCCUUAAAAUCUAUUUUCUUUCCUUCAUUUAUUCUUCUUUGUUUAAUCCGCCUUUUUUUUUUCUUUAAUUCUUUCUAUGACCCUUUCGUUUAUUUCCUCCCUUCCUUCCUUACAUUUCUUUCUUGA